ACAACUUCUGUCUGCGCUUUCAUCUGAACCAGAGGCUUUUACGCACAGAUCCUGCUGCGCCCUCUCUUUCCAUACCUGCGUUCACAGCUGACUUCUCUUUAGCUGUCAAAAAAGGGGCAAAUUAUAAGCAGUGGAAAUGUUUGGGAUGCGGAAGGGACUCACCGGAUGGUCCACAUGUUGCUGUCUGCUGAUGCUGAUUCACUGUUUGGCUCACACAGAUGCAGCCUUCACAUGCAGCUCCACUCAGUUCAAGUGUGGAAAUGGGAGGUGCAUCACCCGCAAGUGGAUCUGCGAUGGAGGCGACGACUGUGGUGAUGGAACUGAUGAGCUGCGUGCAACCUGCGCGGCCAAAACUUGUCUGGAGUCAGAGUUCAACUGCGGCGCUCCGAUGAAUCACUGUGUACCUGGAGCCUGGCACUGUGAUGGCAAAGCUGACUGCGAAAAUGGCGCUGAUGAGAGAAACUGCACGGCCAAACAGUGCGCAGCGGGCAGCUUCCAGUGUGCCAAUGGUCAGUGUAUAUCCACCGCCUUCGUUUGCGACAAUGACAACGACUGUUCCGACGGUUCAGACGAGACUUCCUGCCCCAAACCCACCUGCAGCUCUCGGUCCUUCCAGUGCAACAACUCAGUGUGUGUACCGGCUCUGUGGCGCUGCGAUGGAGACAAGGACUGUCUGGAUGGGUCCGAUGAGUGGCCUGAGAACUGUAUGGGGAAAGAGCAGAAGAAGCCGGCAGGCUGCGGUGUCCACGAGUUCCAGUGCGCCAAUGGGGAGUGUAUCCACAGCAGCUGGAGGUGUGAUGGAGGCAUGGACUGUCAGGAUCAAUCGGACGAGGUCAACUGCAGUCGUCCUACUUGCAGCCCAGAUGAAUUUCAGUGUAAGGACGGCACCUGUAUCCAUGGCAGCCGCCAGUGCGACAAAGAGCCCGACUGCAGGGACCUCAGUGAUGAGAUUGGCUGCCACAUAGAAAGUGUAUGUGAAGGCCCAACCAAGUUCAAGUGUCGCAGUGGGGAAUGCAUCAGCAUGGACAAAGUGUGCGACAAGCAGAGAGACUGCCGUGAUUGGUCUGAUGAACCUGUGAAAGAGUGCGACACCAAUGAGUGUUUGACUGGAAAGGGUGGCUGCUCCCAUAACUGCCAUGAUCUGAAAGUCGGCUACAACUGCUCCUGUCCUGCCGGGUACAUCCUGAAGAUGGACAAGAAAACGUGUGAAGACAUUGAUGAAUGUGCUGAGCCAGACACUUGCAGUCAGAUCUGCAUCAACCUAAAUGGCAGCUACAAGUGUGACUGUGAGAUGGGCUUUGUGAUUGACCCUGCGACCAAAACAUGCAAGGCUGAAUCAGGCACUGUGCCCACCCUGUACUUCACCAACAGACACGAGGUGAGGAAGAUCACAGUGGACCGCAGCGAGUACGUUCGUGUAAUCCCUCAGCUGAAAAAUGUGAUGGCUCUGGACAUGGAUAUGCCCAACAAGAUGAUCUUCUGGUCUGAUCUGUCUCUGAAGAAAAUCUUCAGCUCCAAGAUGGACAUGGCUGGUAACUCAUCUCACCACAGUGUGGUAAUUGGCAGCGGGAUCGUGGCCCCAGAGGGCAUUGCACUCGACUGGAUCCAUGGCAACAUCUACUGGACCGACGGCAUUUUGAAGACAAUCUCCGUGGCAACGACCGAUGGCAGUAAGAGGAAGACCCUCGUCAGAGAAAACCUGCAGAAGCCAAGAGCCAUCACAGUUGACCCAGUAAAUAACUUCAUGUACUGGACAGAUUGGGGUGAGGAGGCUAAAAUUGAGAAGAGCGGGCUCAAUGGAGCGGCUCGCGUUGCCUUGGUAACAGACAACAUCGUGUGGCCCAAUGGCAUCACCUUAGACAUGAUGAACCAGCGUCUGUACUGGGUCGACACCAAGUUGCACACUCUGUCCAGCAUUGAUGUAAACGGAGGAACCCGGCAUAGUCUGAUUUUCAGUGAGGAAAAGCUCCCCCAUCCAUUCUCCCUGGAUGUCUUUGAGGAUAAAGUAUUUUGGACAGACAUGAACAGCCAAGCAGUUUUCAGUGCCAACCGCCUGACAGGAAAGGACAUCACCACACUGGCAACGGACCUCGAGCAGCCGGAGGACAUCCUACUGUACCACAACCUUAAGCAGCCAAUCGGUACAAACUGGUGCAGAGAAGGUAACAGGAUGAAUGGAGGCUGUGAGUUUCUGUGCCUUCCUGCCCCUCAGAUCAACCAGAACUCUCCUAAAUACACCUGCGCCUGUCCUGACAACAUGUUCUUGGGAGCUGACAUGAGGAAAUGUGUGACAGUAGAGUUAAUCGCCCCUUCUGCCAAAAACAAAACUGAUGCACCUCCUCCACCUCCCACCAAGCCUACAACAACUAGACAGCCUGGUACAACAACUACAACUACCACAGCCACCACCAAAGCCACCAAAGAACCCUCAUCUACCUGGACUACCCAGCCUGCAAAGAGCACACUGAGGCCUGCUACUACUGCUCAAGGGAACAGACUGGCAGCCGGGCCUGAAGAAGCUCCUUCAUCCCAUCCUCUUGCUCUCUACAUUGUCGUGCCAAUAAUGCUCAUGUCCCUGCUGGUAUUUGGAGCAGUGUUGCUAUGGAGACACUGGCGUCUGAAGAACACCAACACCAUCCACUUCGACAACCCCGUCUACCAAAAAACCACCGAGGAUGAGGUGCACAUCUGCAGGAACAGCUCCGACGGCUACGUGUAUCCUCAGAGGCAAAUGGUGAGCAUGGACGACAUGGAUAUUGCAUGACCUGAAGAUGAAGAAAACACUGGCUUUAAAUGAAGUGAUUUUUUUUUUUUUCCUGAUGGAAACAUGAAGUAAAGGCCAUUUUUUUCUACUGCUGCUGGUUAACAACUCUCCUUCCCUUCCCCCAGUGACCUCAUUUUGUGGCUUAUGUUUCUGACCUCAGUACUGUGCCGUCCAAGUCUGCAAAAAGAACUGAAAAAAAAAACAAACUAUCUUUGAAACUUUAGUAUGGCAAAACACAAGAAGCCAUUUAGCUAGACCACAAAAUUGUUUCAGGAUGAAGGAAUACUGCAUGGUUUCAGAAGAUGAUGCUCUUAAUUCUAGAGCUGUGACUCUUUUGAUGCGUUCUGAAUAUCGCCUGUUCCUUGCUAAAAUGCAGAUAGUUUGCAACCAGCACAUCGCUUUAGAGCGCUGUUUAUCUAAUGCAAGACUUUUUGUUCUGCAGGUUUACCUUGAAAAGCUUGAGCUUUACUGUCUUUACCCUCAUGUGUGCCUUCCAGCCACACACUGGUAGUUUACUUGUGUGUACAUUAAGUAAAUACCUUAUUGAUCUUUCUAGCAUCAUUAUGUCAUAUUGUGGCCUUCCAGGAUGAGCCUAGAUACAGAGUUGCACAUUUGUUUGGCUCCCAUAUCAGAGGCGUUUAUCUUCACUAUCAUCCAUUAUAGUCUGCCUCAAAAAUAACUUGGAUUUAAAUCAGUUGUCUCGUGUUAUUGAAGUUUUCCUUUUGUGUCCAAUCUCCAAAUUGGAUGUGAGCGUGGAGAACCGCAGAUGGUUUACAUUGUAAAUAAAAAAGCUGCUGAGUUUUUUUUUUGAAUACAAUGAUAGUAAUGUUCUUUUUGUCGAAUGAAGAUAAUUAAGUAAAGAGUGAUUGUAGUUGAUGACUUAUCACAACACUGUAAAUAGUUUCUGUAAAUACUUUUUGUAAAACACUCUGCAGUCCACUCUGGUGUUGCCUUUUGUAAAUUUUAAUCAAGAAAUAUUGUAAAUAUGUAAUAGAUUCUUUUAUUUAUUUAUGGAAAUACAUGUGAGAAGGUUUUUGAUUGUUGGCUGGCUGUAAAAUAGAGCACCUGCGAAAUAUUAGCACCAAACACAGUGUGGUGUUUUUUUUUCCAGCAGAGCCAGUCUCACCUUUACAUUGUGCAGCUGUUAUUUAACUUACGUCAAUCAAACCUUUUGGACACCUGCCCAGUUUCCUGUAUAAGAUACUGCUGCAAGAACGUGCUCAUCAUUUGCAAUAGUGUGCUGCUCGGUGUCCCACUGAAGUGCUGAAGAAACUCUCUUUGUUCCUCAUGCCAUUAAAUUAUUUAUGUUGCUUCUGCUUUUCAUGAUGUUUUAUUUUAAUGCGGUGGGUUCAAGGCACAUACUGGUUUGUGCAAAGCAUGAUGUUCCCCUUCACAGUCGAAUGUAUGCACAAGUCGUUAAAAUGAUACUACUCUUUUUUUUUUUUUUUAAUAAAGGAAAAACUAUU